ACGUUCUCCGGCGACGGCACAUACUACAAUCCAAGCGUCGGUACCGGAUCCUGUGGCACGUUAAACAGCGAUAGCGAGCUGGUUGCGGCCAUCAACGCGCCCCAGUAUGGUACUGAUGCUAACCCGAAUAACGCUGCGGUCUGCGGCAAGUGCAUUUUGGUUAAGGGUCCCAAUGGUCAGGUCAAGGUCACGGUUGUUGAUAAGUGCCCGCCGUGCAAGCAGGGUGAUCUUGAUCUGUCGCCAGCUGCUUUUGAGCAAAUUGCGGAGUUUGACCAGGGUCGAGUGCCGAUCACCUGGCAGUUUGUCAGCUGCUAA